AUGCUUCGAACCAGUGUGUCUCGUUGUUUCCAAGCAACGAAUACCGCAUUGCGCAGCUUUUCUUCGGGUAAAGAUAACUUGCCAGUGACAAGAUCGCACGAAGCCAAAAAGAUUGAUGUAAACGACAUUUUGGAGACAAAAUCACCAAAAGUUCCAGUAAAUGUAUCAUCCGACGAGACGAUGGAUAUUGGCGGUGUUCCAUCUGCACAUCAAGAAGCUAGAACUGCUCGCAUUUUCCGUCCAGCAAGAGAGGCCACUCAAAGCCCAUGGGGAAACACUAAAUUGUGGAGAAUCGAGUUGGAUAAUCGUCAAAGAUGGGAGAAUCCAUUGAUGGGAUGGUCAGGAACGUAAGUUUUUUUUUGGAAAUUUUUAAUUUUUGUUCAAAAAAAUUGUUUAGCGCUGACCCCCUCUCAAAUGUCUCAAUGGAUUUGAAAUUCGCAACAAAAGAAGACGCUAUCGCGUUUUGCGAGAAGAAUCGUUGGGAAUUCGAUAUCGAAGAGCCACAUGAGCGUCAAAUCAAGCCAAAAAAUUAUGGUCAAAAUUUCGCGUGGAAUCGUAGAACUCGCAUCGGAACUAAAUAA